CAGAGAACCUCGGCCACAGGGGAACAGGAACCUCUACCAGCGCAGUAGACUCGGCUCAGUCUAGAACAUCUCCGCUUUAACUCUGACCCCCAGAACUGAGUGGAGAACAGUUUACUGUGGAGACGAGGACGAGGAGGACAAGCAGGACGAGCGGGACAACUAGGACAAGCAGGACGGGCAGGACGACCAGGACAACCAGGACGGGCAGGACACUCAGCUGGAGGACGAGAGCAGAUUGUGGGACGCAGGAGGAUCUGAAGAUGAACUCGCGGCUGCUGCUGUGCUGCUUGGUGUUCUGCUCAGCAUGUUGGGAGACGGUGAGGCCACACAUGCUGAUGGAGGAGCUGAACAGCUCCAACCUGACCACCACAACCAGAGUCCAGAACCAAACCCACUCGCCCUCCGUCCUCAUAGUGGAGCUGUCAAAAUCAUCAAAGAAAACCAAAAAGUCAGAAGAGAAACCACAAAAGACUAAGCUGGCAGGGCAAGUGAAGAGGCCGCCACCCCCCCCCAACUGCACGCCGCUGUGGGGGAGCUGCAAGAGCCCCAACUCUGUGUGCUGUGAACACUGUGCCUUCUGCUCCUGCCGCCUGCUCAGGACCGUCUGCUACUGCCGCAUGGGCUACCCGCGCUGCUAAGGCCUCAUCACCACCAUCAUCACUAUUAUUAUUAUUAUUAUUAUUAUUAUUGAUGUGUUAUUAUUGAUGACACAUUACCAUUAUAAGACUGUUGUGUUCAGUGAGAAUGUACAGAAUCUAUAUGAAGCCUUUCUUAUUUAUUGUGAGCAGAUGUGCACAGAGUGAGGAGCGGUCAGAGGGGCUUUAACAGGACCACCCUCUCUCAGAACCCGACACUAAUUAACCCCUGUGUUCUGUUUGGUUCAUGAGGCGUUUAUUAGCGCAUAUUUCGUUCUGGAAUCGUGUUUUACAAAACAAAACUUUCCAAAAAAAAAGACACAUGAAUAUGUAACACAGCCUUCACAGAGAACACACUCAAACACGCACGUUACUGCACAGCUUCGCUUCACUUGCUGAGUUUAACACAUUAGAAAAUAAAAUUUAAACAAUCUAAUGUGCCAUUCAUUUUGCACAGAACUCAUCUUUUAUUUUUAUAUCCAAUAAACCAAAUUCAGUAAAUACACAGUAAUUGUGCUGAAGUGUGUCUCAGUAGAGGGGUGUGUUCACUUAUUCACACUCAGAUGACUGUAUGCAGCUGUGUGCACAAGUUUGUGCACCCCUGGUCAAUUUCCAUGCUGUGUUGUGAAAGUAAACAAAUAACUUCUGCACGUUUUAUAGUUUUGGUUUUGCUUUUUCCCCCGAAAGUGUUAAAUUUAGCAAAUAAACAGAAACUGUGCACAAAAAUGAGCAACAGCCAUGACUGGGUGAGAAGAGGAGGCAACAGGGGUGAACAAACUUCU